UAAAGUUUCAAACCAAACACUUAUAAAAAAAUUCACAAAUGAAAGCCUUGAAAUUGAUGAUAACAUACGAACAUUCUUUGUUUCCUUUUAUAAGGUUAUUUUCACACUAGACCUCUUCCAACACAAUCUAGACAAUGGAUGCAACACAAUUAGAGAAAAUCUAUGUUGCUGUUGGUGAUGAUGCACAAGAUGGAUUUAAUACUUUGAAUUGGGCACUCAAGAAAUGGAAAUCUCAUCCAAUUUCCAUUGUUAUUCUCCAUGUUACUCAUAACAUUUCUAAGGAGUAUGUUUAUACACCAUUUGGGAAACUUCCAGCAAGAUCUUUGAAUGAUGAGAAACUAGAAGCUUUAAGGAAAGAUGAGAAAGAGAGAAUCAAGAAGUUGUUUUCUAAAUAUAUUGCUUUUUGUGGCAAGGUGUCAGCAGAAAUUCUUGAAGUUAAGAAAUUUGAUGAACCUAUGCAAAAACGUGUAAUAGACUUGAUAACUGAGCUAGAAAUUACCAAACUAGUCAUGGGAUUUUCAUUCAUGAAGCCUUCCUUGAAAUCAAAAGGUGCUAUUAGUGGAUUGUUCUAUGUUCAUCAACACAAGCCUAGUUUAUGUGAAUUAUUCAUUAUAUGUGGUGGCAAACAAGUUUUUCUAAGGGGAAACAAUGAUGAAAAAAUCAUGGAGGAUGAUAGUGGAGUCAUGGUUGCUAAAAUGAGAGAUAAGGUAACUUUUAAAGAUUGGCUAGACAAAAUGUUCAGUGACAAAACAAAUUAUUAUUCUCAGAAUAGAUUAAGUGCAUCUCCUUCAUCAACCAAUUUGGUCCAAAAUCAAUGGGAGUUUUAUCUUCAAGACAUAGAAAAUUAUUAUCAAGAGUUGCUAUCUUCAAAUUUGGAAGAAGGAAGCUACGUGCAGGAAAAUGAUGGCUUGCACGUUUGUCCAAAAUUUGAGCCACACGUCACUGACUUGAACAAUUCUAACAAGAGUACUGCAGAAAAAAUUGAGAUGCUGAAAAAUAAGCUAAAUGAAGCUCGCAAAACCAUUGAGUUGAAGAGGAAAGAGGCUAAGGAAAAUAUAGAAAGACGCACAAAAGCUGAAUGGGCAAUUAGCUUAUGCAACAGCAGGGCUGAAGAAAUUGAAGGUAGAAUAAGGGAAGAAGUGAGUACAAAGGAGAACCUAAACAAGGAAUUACAAUUGGAGAAAGAGCAAAGAGAAGAAAUGAGAACAGAAAUUAAAGAGAAAAAACAAAGGAUGAAUUCAUUGGUAGAGCUUCAAUCAGAACUAUCAAACAAGCUUCAAUUGUCAACAAUGGCAAGAUCAAGAGCAGAGACACAAGUAGAGAGAGCAGUGAGGGAGAGAACCGAAAUGGUGAGAGAGAUAGAGGAGUUAAGGAAGCAAAGAGAUGUGUUAAAUAGAAGGAUUGAAUUUUGCAAGCAGAAGGAUGCCAUAGGCAUGGCUGCGAGGCUGAGUGACAACAUCACGAGUAUUGGAAUGAGAGAGUACAGUGAGGAGGAGCUGAGGUUGGCGACCGAUAACUUCUCAGAGCGGUUGAGGUUGAAGUCUGGUAGGGAUUGGACUAAUGUGUAUAGAGGACGGUUCAAUCAUUCCACUGUUGCAAUUAAGAUGAUGUCUUCUUUUCAUUCUUUGUCUCAAGAGGAGUUCCAAACCAAGGUGAGGUUUCUCGGUGACAUUAGGCAACCACAUGUAGUUGCCAUGGUAGGCUUCUGCUCCAAGCCCAAAUGCAUAAUUUUGGAAUACAUGGGCAAUGGGAGUUUACAAGACAUGUUGUUUUCUAGGAGAAGAAACCGGGGCUUACGUUGGCACGAUCGAAUACGAAUAGCGGCCGAAGUUUGCUCGGGCCUGGCCUUUCUUAAUUCAUCUUCGCAAAGGCCCAUUGUUCAUUGUCAUUUGAGCCCGGCCCACGUCCUCCUAGACCGAAAUUUAGUUGCAAAAAUCACAGGCUUUGGGCUUCAAGAGUGUGACGAUGACAAGGAAUGCAACGUCGAGUCGGAUUUACGGGCCUUAGGGAUUUUAUUGAUGCAGCUUUUGACUGGAAGAAAUUGGGCCGGGCCCGUUGAUGAGCCCAUGACUGUGGGUAUGGAUAGAGAGACUUUGGUUAACAUUCUUGAUGACAUGGCUGGACAAUGGCCAUUGGAUCUAGCAAAAGAACUUGUGGGCCUGGCUAUGAUUUCCAUAUCUGUGAAAAGCAAGCCCAACCCAAAUCUAAGCAUUGGAAGGGUCUUAGAGGAGCUCAAUAAGAUAAGAAGAAAGGGUGAUGAAAUAGUUGCAAAGGAAGAUAGAAAGGUAAUUAUUGGUGGAUGCAUAGAUAGAGAGGGCUCUAGUGAUGUGCCUAGUGUUUUCCUUUGCCCUAUUCUUCAGGAGGUAAUGAAAAAUCCACAUGUGGCAGCAGAUGGAUUUUCUUAUGAACUGGAAGCAAUAGAACAGUGGUUGCAUUCAGGGCAUGAUACAUCACCUAUGACAAAUUUGAGGCUGAAGCACACAUCCCUUACACCAAAUCAUAUACUGCGUUCCUUCCUUGAGGAAUGGCAGAGCAAGAAAUCAGCUAAAAUUACAAGUUAAUACCAAUAUAUAUUUUUUGGUCCAUUGGAUUUUGUACAGUUAAAUUGAGAAUUGUGAGUUGUGACUGACUUUUCCUUAUCAUAAACAUUUUUUUAACAAUUAUUAGCCUGAAAGAAUUUAAAUAGGGGAAAGAAAUUCCCUCAACAUGA